AAGCUUCCAAUGGCUCCAGCUCCCUGGGAAUGUUGACGGACACUUGCCACAAACUGGAUUUGACCCUGUUGGGAAAAGCGGAGGAAAGCUUAGGGAAGAAACUUUAUCUUCUGGGUGUGGAGCCUUCUCCUCCAAAAAUCUGGAGCGCAGACGGCAUGGGAGAUUCCUAUACGGCCACUUUCCCUAACGGGAAUGGACUCCUGUCUCCUUCAGCAAGCCCUCAAGCUUCCACCACUUACAGCAAUGAUUACAGCCCGUUCUCCCAUUCCUUCCCAGCCUCCCCAACAUCUCAAGACCCAUCUUCCCUGCUGGUAUCCAAGGGGCACCCUUCCUCCGACUGCCUCCCCAGUGUCUACACCUCUUUGGACAUGGCACACCCUUAUGGCUCCUGGUACAAAGCUGGCAUCCACCCGGGCAUCUCCACCACCUCUAGCAACCCCACGGCUUCCUGGUGGGACAUGCACUCCAACAGCAACUGGCUGAGCUCCCAGCCGCAGUCAGAUGGACUUCAGAGCUCCUUGCAGACCAUGCCUAGCCAGGCUCCCAUCAGCCCCCAGCUGCCCAGUUACACUUCUGAAUUCACCACCUUAAACCCUGCUCCAUACCCGGCUGUGGGCAUCACUUCCUCGUCGCACCUUCUCCCUUCAGGUCAACAUGUGCUGCCCCAAGAGAUGUACAAACCCAAGCCGGUGGCCAACAACUCCCUGAUGGAAGGUGGGAUCGGACUGAAGUCCGGAAGAGGCGGCUCCUUUGGGAGUACAGCAGGCCGGUCGACCUGCGACUGCCCCAACUGCCAAGAGCUGGAGAGGCUCGGGGCCUCGGCAGCCAGCCUGCGGAAGAAGCCCAUCCACAGCUGCCACAUCCCGGGCUGCGGGAAGGUCUACGGGAAGGCCUCGCACCUCAAGGCCCACCUGCGGUGGCACACCGGGGAGCGCCCCUUCGUCUGCAACUGGCUCUUCUGCGGCAAGCGCUUCACCCGCUCGGACGAGCUGGAGCGCCACGUCCGCACCCACACCCGGGAGAAGAAGUUCACCUGCUUGCUAUGCAACAAGCGCUUCACCCGUAGCGACCACCUCAGCAAGCACCAGAAGACCCACAACGAGAUGGGGGUAGGGAAGCCCCCCGAGGGCGAAGCAGAACAGGAAGAGGUGGCCGCAGUGGCCGGUUCUCCCAGUGCCGCCUUGCAGGACGGCCUCCCUGGAGACGAGAAAGACGCCACCAGCCCAGAGCAGAGCAACCUGCUGGAGAUCUAGGUCGCUGGUGCUGAGUGCUUGCUCCACCUUUGUUGCGUCACACCACCGACACCCUUUUUUAACGCCUCUGAGCGAAAUAAUUUAUUCCCCGGGGGAAAGCACAGACGCAAACCUCGUGCCAAACUUCGCUUCCCCUCCAACCCCCCAAACGAACUUCGCUGAGAGACCCCUGAAGGUCCACGACUUUGUGGCCAAAGACACAAAUAUCCGAGCCAAAAUCUUGAAGCUAAGUCUCCGGUCAUCCUCUGGAUGGUUACAACCAAAGCGCGUCCCUGCCUUGGUCUCGGCAUGGUCACUCAAGGGAAUGGACAAGAAAUCUGAAGUCGUGCCAUGCUGAGUUGGCCAA